AUGACCGAAUUGACCGUUGCUUCACACUUUCCUGUGUUAGAUAAACAAAGAUAUAAAUCGACUGGGAAACUAAUUUCCAAUUUGGAAAUGAAGAUUAUAGAAAUUAAUUCUGAUGACGAAGUAGAAGUUGAGAGGGGAAUGCCUGGGGAGCUUUUACUUCGCGGUCCCACGAUUAUGUUGGGAUAUUUGAGAAAGCCUGAGGAAACAAGAAGAAUAAUUAAUCCGGAUGGAUGGUUAAGGACUGGUGAUGUGGUUUUUGUUGAUAAUGAAGGGUUUAUUACUGUACUUGAUAGAUUGAAAGAAUUGAUAAAAGUUAAUGGACUUCAGGUAGCCCCUGCAGAACUAGAAGAUUUACUUCUUUCACAUCCAUAUAUUGAAGAUUGUGCAGUUGUUGGAAUAUCAGAUCCCAUGUCUGGGGAAUUACCUUUUGGAUUUGUUGUUAAAAAAGAGGGGAGUUCUCUCUCAGAGAAAGAUGUUCAAGAAUUUGUUAAAAUCAAAGCUGUCUAUUAUAAACAUUUAAAGGGAGGAGUUGAAUUUAUUGAUAAAAUUCCAAAAAGUCCAUCAGGCAAAAUAUUAAGAAGAUUACUCAGAGAAAGACUUAAAAAUAAUAAUAAAUUAAUUUCUAAAAUUUGA